CAAAUGGAUCGGAAAUUCGGGAUGAAAAUCAUUUGGUUUUAUUCGAGGAAUGUAUAAGCGGUCGAUUUUUCAAUGGGCUUCCUCCAAUAUUUGAACAAAAUUGGAUGCAAGCAAUUUAAAGGACUAUAUUUUUCCAAAGCUCUAUAACUGAAGUAACUCAUAUUGCUUGUUAUUUCUCGAAUAUAUAACCUAGGCAUUCAAACUUGUAUGAAAAC